CGAAAAUAUGGCAAUGCUGUGCUUAAAUAAAAUCGAGACAUACAAUAUUGCAUCACUGAACUUUUGUGAGAAUUGAGAUUGAGUGAAGAUCUCUUUGUAACUUUACAAUAAAAAUAGAAUAUAUGGAGCAUUGAACAGAAAAAGCUUUUUUCGAAUCUUUCUCUGUUUUCUUUGCAACCUCAUAAAAUGAUUUUUUGAUGGAGUAAUGGGUUUUCAUAUUUGGGAAAUAUUUGUACUACAACAUGAGUGAUUUAAUUACUUUUUAACUGUGGAUUAAAUAUAAAUAUAUUUAUUCAUCUUUUUGACUUUUUAAGUGUUUUCGCUUAUUUUCAGAUCCACUAACAGGCCAAAAAGAUUAGCGAAUAAGCCACGUAGAUAUAAAACUACUUCAAGUGAAGACAAAAUAAAAAAGAAAAAACAUAAACCUUUUGAUGAAUUGAAGAUUAAAAAGAAAGUGUUUCAAAGUAUACAAAAUAUUUCUGAUAAUUUGAAGUUACACAAUACGACAUGUGCGUCAAUUUGUGUUAAUGGAAAUGCUACCAUUACAAAACCACGUAUAAUUGAGGAUCGUAUUUACAGUUCUGGAGAUGCUCUACAUUACAUACAAUCAGGAAAAGAAUAAAUCAUCAUAUACUCCAAUACCACUUAAUGGACCAAAACUUUACAAUCAAGAUAUAUAUAUAAUGUACAAAAUAAGCAAAAUUAUGAAAAAAUGCAACCCAAAAAUGUUACGAUCGAAAAUUCAUGCCAUAUACAAAAGGAAAAUACGCAACAAUUAUUGUAACCUUACGAAAAUAAUUUGGAACGUAUAUUCAUCCGUGAAGCUUGUAAAACUGCAUCCGAAACUUAUAUUACACACACAAAUAGAGAAAAUUUAGAACUACAUAAUGAAAUGUAUACAUUUACAAAUGAUCAAUUUCUUCAACGUAAUGACUCAAAUGAUAUUCAAGAAUUAGUUAUUCUAUCAUCAUUUCCACCAUCAGUUAUUCCACGGCCGAUUGAUCCGCCUCAAAUACAAUCUUCAAAUACUGCAGCGCCAUCAAUUAAUCCACGACCGAUUGAACCAGUUCAAAUACUUCCAAAUAUAGCACCAGCAAUAGAACAAAAUGUCCAGUUAUAUGAUUUACUCAACGAAGUAAAACAUGAAAUACAAUCAAUAAAUGAACGAUUGAAUACUAUUGAACAUAAAAUAGAGUUAAACGUUUUAAAUGCAAUGCCAAUGAAACCGCUACUUCUUCCUUUUUCUACAAAAGAAGCAAUACAAAUGUUUCAGAAAGAUAUCGCCGUCUAUCAGGAUGUUGUAAAUAUUUUAUCAAAUUAUUUUAGUACAAACAAUGAAGGAUUAAAAUAUAUUUUUACACAUUAUAUAUUAUAG